GACAGAGAAUGAACCGGACUCACAUUACAUUAAUGCAAACUAUGUUGAUAGCUUCAAGAAAGUAAAUGCUUAUAUUGCCACUCAAGGACCCCUGGCUAACACUAUAAAUGAUUUUUGGAGGAUGGUGUGGGAACAAAACUGUAGGGUCAUUGUUAUGAUCACUAAGAUCUUUGAAAGAGGAAGGCAUAAAUGUGCAAUGUACUGGCCAUCUAAACAAGCCAAGAAUGAAGUUCAUGGUCCUCUAGUGGUAACAUACUUAGAUGAGGAGGCCUUUGCACAUUACACUGUUCGUAGAUUUGAGGUGAAACCAGUUGACCACUGCAGUCAUUACAGUCAGGAUGCAACAGAAGAUGAAGUGAAACCUAUGGAAGUGUUACAGUACCAUUUCACUGGCUGGCCAGACCAUGGUGCUCCAGAUGUUGGUUGUGAAUAUCCUGCAUUGGACUUCAUUCUGAAGUCAGCAGCUGCCAAUCAAGAUGGGACUGGUCCCGUUAUUGUUCACUGCAGUGCCGGUGUUGGUCGAAGUGGGGCAUACAUUGUUAUUCACAGCAUGGUGAAACGAAUGCAUGAGACUGGUGAUAUAAAUAUUUUUGAUUUUGUCGCUCAGAUACGUCAACAAAGGAAUCAUCUUGUACAGGAAGAGUGUCAGUACAUUUUUGUCCAUGAUGCUUUACAACACUACAUUGACAGUGACUUGAGGCUGUCAAUCCCAAUAGAUGAACUUAAAGGCUCUGUACAGAAGCUGAGAAAAAACCUUUCAAAUAAAAGCAAACUUGAAGUCGAAUUUGAGAACUUGAAUGCGAUUCAAGUGAGACACUACAACUUAAAACAAGCUAAACGUGGUUGCAACAUAGGAAAGAAUCGAUCAGUGGAUUAUAUUCCCGCUGACAGUGCCAGGGUGGAACUGUAUCCUCGCCCAAGAGAGGAGGGGUCGGAUUAUAUCAAUGCUACGUACCUUGCGGGAUUCUGGAAGUCCCAAGCUUACAUAGCUACUCAGUAUCCUUUAGAAGAGACUACACAAGACUUUUGGAGGAUGGUUUGGCAGGAAAACUGUCGUUCACUUGUCAUGCUGCUUAGUAAAGCGGAGCUAGAACAGGAUUACUAUCAUAGUUAUCUUCCACGUGCGUAUGAAACAUGCAGGUUCGGUGAUUAUGAAGUAACAAUAGAUUCCGAGAAUACCCGUGGUGAUAUUGUGGUCAAAGAGCUAAGAAUGGUCUCCAUAAAGGACCCAAGUGAGUACAGAAAUCUACAACAUUUUCAUUUUCUUCACUGGCCUGAAGAUGGAGCUCCGUGGUCCGGUCAAACCAUUCUGCAGCUUAUCUGUAAAGUGGACAGCUGGGAGAAAGAAGUGCAGGUUCACGCUAAGCCCUAUGAGGUUAUUGGUCCAAUUGUAGUGCACUGCAAUUAUGGAGUUGGGCGCACAGGUGUCUACUGUCUGCUGCACACAAUGUUCCAUCAGAUAAGACGUGAGAAAAGUGUUUCCAUCUAUCAAACAGCUCGCCUCUACAAUCAUCAGAGACCGCAUUGCAUAUUAACCAAGGAGCAGUACGAGUUCUGUUACGAUACACUGGUGGAAUAUAUUGAAGCAGACUGCUCGCUACAUCUUGUGUGAUCAGAUACCAGACGUCACUGAAUACAUCCCAGAGCACUGGGAUCAAAAGUGGCAUUAAAAGUGACGCAAGGAUUAACAGCUCGUGUCACCUCUCGUCAGUUUUCACGAACUUCAUCAUAGUUGUUGCAUAAUGAACCAAGUAUUGUCCUUUGCAGUCCUUGUCUCUUCAUGCAGUCUUUCCGUGAAAUUUAAGUGAAGUAGUUGUUAGGUUUUGUCCCGUAAAUAGAAAGGCGUAUGAACCUUUCAAGGCCUAGUUGUGAUUAUCAUAUAAUUUCUCCUUAAUUUCGAUUUUUUAUAACCAACGGAGAGGUAGCAAGACUAUACAAAAUCGUCAACUACAGGUGUAGGAGCUGAUAACUUAGAAAAUGUGGUCUCUAAAAGUACAGUAAGGUGAUAGUCUUUACGUAUAACUACUAGCGAUCAUCAAGGAAAAUUGUUAUUAUAAACAUAGGGCUGAAUGGUUGAUCUUUCUUUAGAUUGUAGUUUAACUUGAAAUUGGAUAAGUAGAAUAUUUGCGUCAAGCAACGCUUUGCUCUCCGUAGUUUGUAAAACAGAACAAUCUCUGAUGCAAUUUGAGGAUUAGGUGAGCCUGUGAUUGAGGUUUCUUGGCCAUCGUAGUUGCUAGGUAACAACUUCGGCUGGAAGCAGCACAGAUAGUGGACUAUCCUCGUAAGUUAUUCGUUUUUAUUUUGAUAGGUACAAAUUGAUCAGACCCUUUCUGGGCUUUUUGUACGAGCAGUGUCACUGCGGAUGAACUUGUUUCAGUUAACGCAGACACUGCGUUUUAAAAAUUUUGCCUGCGUAACAAUAUAGAGUAAUAAGAAAUGUCUUUCAAGAAGCAUUUGAUGGAAAAUAUUAUUCAAGAUUAGCAUAAAAUUGGAGUGUUCAAUAGUAUUAGUAAGAGCGUUAGCUGAAAGCUGGAAUAUAAUUUUGAUAAUACAAAGAUGAUGAUAAUCUAUAACGAUAAAUAGUGAUUGUAGUUUAUGGUUUGAACUGCUGUUGAAUAGUCUUGAUCUUCUUUACGCCACAUCGUUCUGUUUUAUUAAUUGUAAAGUAUAUUUUGAAGUUAGUUUCUUGGCUACUAUGAUUGAUCUGUUUGCUGUCAAAUUUGCUCGUUGUUUCAGUAAUGUUUAUUCAUUUCAGACAGCUUUACUGACAUCUUUCGGUUGGUUUUCCAAAUAUCUCUAUCAAGCAAAGGGCAAUGGGCUAAAUCGUGGAGGAAAAAAAACUAAUUGGUCGAAUUACAUACAGCUGCGAUAAAAUUGGUACCUUGUCAGUUUUGCCUGUGUUUCAUACUUGGGAAAUUAGGCAUCUCAUGUUGCAAUCAAUUGUUAAAUUUCGUUUUCUAGUUAUUUUUAUUUGCCGUAGGGUACAGUUAGUAUUUGGCAUAAAAGUGUAGCAUUAUUACGGUCAUGAUUGACCACUAAUACUGUAAAAUUGUGUAAAUAAUUUGACAAUGGUUUACUAUUGUCUGCUUAGUGACUGAAUAAAAUUAUCUCAACAUUGUAAAGUAUUA